AUGUCCCAGUUAACAGCCUAUAUCGACAAAACCGUCACAGUCAUAACCUCCGACGGCAGAACUCUCAUCGGAACUCUCCUCGGUCACGACCAAACCACAAAUCUAAUCCUCCAGAAUACCCGCGAACGCAUCUUUCAGACGUUAGAUACCGAUGUAGAAAAUACACCUAGUGAGAUCGUGGAGCACGGAUUGUAUCUGAUUAGAGGGGAUAAUGUGCUAGUUUGUGGGUUGGUUGACGAGAAGAUGGAUGCGGAGAUUAAUUGGACGAAAGUUAGGGCGCAGCCGUUUGGGACGGUUAAGCAUGCUACAUAA